AUGGCCAUGAAGGCGACCACGAGGGAGCACGUCGCACCGGGCCGCAGCGUCAGCGCUCCGCACCACAGCGGUGGCGGUGGCGCCGACGCCGCGCUCGCGCCCUCCGCGGCCCCGCCCUCCUUCUCCUCCCGCUCGCUGCGCAACGAGACCUCGCCCUCCGGCGCGCGGGCCGCCUCGUCCACGGCGCUCCUCUCGGCCACCCACAAGCGCGUGUCGCCGGCGCCCAACCAGCUGGCCGCGUCGCUGCCCACCUACUCGGCGGCGGCGGGCCAGCGGAGCGCCGACCUGGAGUCGUCCGGGGUGGUGCCCGAGGAGCGCGUGGCCAAGCUGCGGGCCAAGUGGGGCAUCCCCUCCACCGACGCCCUCGUCCGCGUGUUCCCGUGCGUGUAUAAGAAGCCGCGUCCAUCGCAUGGCAAGAUGUAUAUUUUCCCCAACCACCUCGUCUUCGUCUCUCACUCCCACCGCACCAAUAUAUGCAUUCCGUUCGCCGAAGUGGAGCACAUGGUGCGCAAGCGACACCGCAUCCACCUCGUCACCCACGACAAAACGCACCGGCUGAGAGGCAGCCUCACUCAGAACAGCACCACCUACGGCAUUCUGCUCGCCGUCUGGCAGCGCGCCAAGGGCGACUCGACCAUCGACCUGGAGACGAUCAGGGCGUGCGACAAGAAGCUGCAGAAGGCCAUGCGCAAGGGGGAGCGACGGGGCAGCCUGACGGACACCUCCGACGGGACGCUCUCCGAGAUGGGCUCCGACGACGACUACGGCGGCCACCCCGAAGACACCGAGAGCGAGGACGAGCCCAUCCUCGAAUGUCACACGGCCAGCGCUGGCUCUUCUGCUGGCGUCGUAGAGCAACAGUCGCAGCCACAGGAGCCCCGAUUGGAAAUUCCGCUCGAGCCGCAAGCUGUGGCGCCGCCGAGCUUCGCGGCUCUCCUCCAGCCGCCCGCCGACGCGCAAAAUGUGAACCGGGUCGCGCCACAGACGCUGUCGGCCAGUCUGGAGCGUUGCUGGAGUCUCAUCUACGACUCCAACAGCAGCAACGUGCAACGGAGCAUGGCCAAGAACCUACUCUACGAUAUUUCGCUUGGGCCGUGGGUGCCGGACAGUGAGCCGGGGCUGAUGACCCGGGUGGUCAAGUACACCAAGCCCAUGCAGAGCGCAUUCGUGAAGGGCGACGCAUUGGUCGAGCAGACACAGAAGGUCGUCCUGCUGAGCCAGCCCUCGAAGAAGCUGUGCGUCUGGCAAGAGUCGAGGAUGCAAGGCGUGCCCUACGCCGACUCGUUCGUGAUUCACGCCGUCUACGAGGCCAGCGAAAACGGGGCCGGCAAGACGAACAUCUCGAACACGGCCUGGGUGGUCUGGAUCAAGUCUCCGCCACGGCUCCUCCGCGGCAAAAUCGAGCGAGGCUCGGUCACUGGUGUCGAGGAGUCGUUCAAGUCGCUCAUGGCUGACACCGAAGCCGCCCUCGUCGCCGAGGCCCUGGCCCCCGCUCCCGCAGCUUCUCCUGCUGCUGCCGCCUCUUCCACCCCACCGGCUGCUGCUGUCGCCCCCACCCCGGCCGCCACCGCCAGUAGGACGCCGGUGAUGGCGCCCAUGGUAGGGCAGGUGAUGGGCAUCGCGCCAGGCGUGCAGGUGAUGCCGGGUGGCGGUGUCCCGACGAUGCAGAGGGCCGGUGGCUUGCAGAUCGACGAGAAGUGCGUCUACGCCGUCGUGCUCGUCCUCAUCCUCAGCGUCAUCGCCAACGUCAUCCUCGCCGCCUGCCGAUGA